UUCUUGUCAGGGAACAUGACAUUUACAGAAUGUUUGCUAAGCACAAUUCAGCAGACAUCUCUUUCACAAGGGUCCUAAUUUUUGUUUCAGUUCUUGAUUUUGUGCAGAAGUAGCACUCCAUAGCUUGAAAUCAGAGAAAAGCAAGAAACUAGGAGAACAAGUUCCUCGACAGACAUUUGAUCCAAGGCGUCUGCUUUUGGCUUGCAGCCUGUGGGCGUUCAGAUGGGAUUCUUAUUGAAAGUGUGAUCGGCGGUUUUCUUCCUCAGAAACUGGGUCGUGGAACCCUUUUUGUCAGCUGAACAGAUGAAUCCCCCAGCUGUGACAGCUUUCACUUUUACUCUCUCUAAUACAGGCUCACCUGGGUAUAAUUCUUCUAUGCCUUUUACUGAAAGCACCACAAUUGAAUAUGACUAUCCAGGAGAAGACGAAGACUUUUCAGGGUGCAUUUAUGUGCGAUAUGGGGCUUACUUUCUUCCACCCCUCUAUGUCAUUUUCUUCCUCUUAGGUCUCCUUGGAAACUCUUUAGUAAUUUGGGUCAUCGCUUGCGGGGUUAGACUCCGUAGCAUGACUGAUGUGUGCCUGGUCAACUUGGCCAUAGCUGACCUUCUCAUGGUGUGCUCUCUUCCCUUCCUCGCCCACCAAGCCAGAGACCAGUGGCAGUUUGGUGAUGCUAUGUGCAAGAUGGUCCUAGGCAUUUAUCACAUUGCCUUUUACUGUGGGAUCUUUUUCAUCUGUCUGAUGAGCAUCGAUCGUUACCUGGCCAUAGUGCACGCAGUUUACGCCCUCAAAGCACGCACACGCACCUUUGGCAUUGGGGCAGCUGCUAUUACAUGGAUGGCUGGCUUUUUGGCCUCUUUUCCUGACCUGAUCUUCCUCAAAACUCAAAGAAAUGGCAACGGUUCUCAGCACUGCUACCCUGAGUUUCCCAAAGAUGAUAUGGCCGACAUCCCUAAUUCCUGGAGAGUGUUUAGUCACUUGAAAAUGAACUGUCUGGGCCUGUUUAUCCCAAUUUUCAUCCUAAGCUUCUGCUACUCUCAGAUCAUUUGCAGGUUGCUAUCAACCCAGUCUUCCAAGAAGCAGGCCAUCCGUUUGGUAGUUGUAGUGGUGGCCGUUUUCUUCUGCUGUUGGGUUCCUUACAACGUGGCGUCCUUCUUUAAAGCACUGGAACUUCUGCACGUCUACACCGGAUGUGAAAGCAGCAGGGCCAUCACAGUGGCUUUACAGAUCACCGAAGUCAUCGCAUACUCCCACAGCUGUCUCAAUCCCAUUCUGUAUGUCUUCGUCGGGGAGAAGUUCAGGAGGCAACUCAUAAGGCUGAUAAACAGAGCUCCAUGCAGUCUCUGCCAGGUGGUCAAGCUGUACAUUCCUCAAGACAGAGGCGCCUCGGUGUACUCCCAAACUACCAGCGUGGACGAAAGGAACACUGGGGCUGGCAUUAAUCUGGGUUCAGUUAAAUUCAUUUAAAUUCUGUUGCUUAUGCCAAUACCUUUUGUGAACAUCUUUUAUACACAGACUGUUCAUGUCAAGUCAGAUAAGGUCAUGCUAGUUUCAGGUUAACGGUGAGGUACCUUUGACUUGUUUUCUUGUUAUGACGAACGACGGUGUAUAUGUAGAGACUAGACUGAAUGUAAUACUUUCCCAUGCACAGUGUCUUUCAGUGAACCUUGUGUUUCUUAAUGUACAGCAUUUUAAAAUAUCUUCCAUGAAAAUGUUUCUGUCAAAGUCUUCCAUUUUAUAAUCUUUGUAAAGCUGUAAAAAAAAUGUUUUAUGCUCAGAUUUUUAAUACUUAUGUUCCAUUCCAUUUCAACAUUUUAAAUAAAAAAUUCUGCUGUUCAUUUGGUUUGGAAGAAUUGGGCUCCUAAAUCCUGCUUUUUUAGGGAUUAAACAUUUUCUUUGUUGU